CUGACCCUCAAAAUCGCUCACCAGGUUUCUUUCUCGUUUCAAAGGGCAGAACCGUUUCCGUCGUGUAUAUCAUCCUGGUGUAACGACGUUCAAUGUCUUCGACAGACGAGGUUUUCCUCAGACGAAAAAACUUGGAACAGUAUCCUCCAGGGGAAGAGCGUGAAAUCGACGACUUGAACGAGGCGAUCGAUUUGCAUCGCGCUGCUUUGAAACUCCGACCAGUCGAAAGCGUGUGGUAUCAUCGGUCCAGGUCACUCAACAAUCUUGCUUGCUGUCUGUCGGAUAGAUAUGACGAGCAGGGAGCAGUCAAAGACUUAGAAAGAGCCAUCACGCUUGGACGUAGAGCACUAGGGCUCCGUCCACCUGGGCAUCCUCUUCGUGGUGUCACUCUCCACGAUCUCGCCGCCUACCUCAACAGCAGGUUCGACGAACAGGCUGCAAUCGGCUGCUUGGAGGAAGCCAUCUCGCUUUCACGUGCAGCACUAGAGCUCCGUCCACCAGGGCAUCCUGAUCGUGAUGCCACUCUCAAUAAUCUCGCUCUCUACCUCAAGAACAGGUUCAACCAACAGGCUGCCAUCAGCGACUUGGAGGAAGCCAUCUCGCUCGCACGUGCAGCACUAGAGCUCCGUCCACCAGGGCAUCGUCAUCGUGAUGCCACUCUACAAUCUCGCUCGCUGCCUCAAGGGCAGGAAGCCAUCUCGCUCUUACGUGCAGCACUAGAGUUCUGUCCACCAGGGCAUCCCGAUCGUGGCAAAUAUCUUUACGACCUUGCUCACAACCUCUGGACAAAGUUUCAGAAACAAGUUGACAUGCCUGCGUUGCACGGCGCAAAUUCUCUUCAUCAAAUCGCGCCGGUGGUCCAUCCAACAAGCACGGCUGAUCUCGCAUCUUCGCUUCUCAAGCUCUCACUCCACCUCUGGGACAGGUUCCAGAGGGAGGCCGCGGUAACUGACUUAGACGAUGCUAUUUAUUAUGCAACGUAUGCUCUGGAACUUCGGUUACCACGAGACUCCCAUCGCGAGAGAGCUUGGGUUCAGAGGCUAGCCCAGGGCACCGAAUCAGAUGCACCUGCCGUACUUGGUCGAGAGAUAGACAAUCUAGGCGCUCUGGCCAUAAUACUGUGUCGAUAUGUACUGCACUUCCGCCCCACUGGCCAUCCUAUUCAUGCUUCAUCCCUGAAUAGCCUGGCACAGUGUCUAGCAGACCGGUUUCGUCGACAAUCCGCCACAGCGGAUCUCGACGAGGCUAUUUUGUUGGAGCAAGAAGUCUUGCAGGUACUCAUACCCGGAGAUCCUGGUUACGAUUUAUCCCAGUGCUCCCUUGCUACCUACCUCCGCCUGAGGGUCGAGUCACGAGCUGCGGUGACGUCCUCCAAUGUCUCACCUGUUACCCACUUUGAUGUCGAACAACUCAUCCGUAAUGUCGCAUUCGAAAUCCUCAAAACCAUACCAACCAGGCUGCUGCACACGCAUACUGGCAUCCUGUGCAACCGGCAUGCGCAGUUGACUCAGUUUAUGAACAGCCAACAGUACAAACGGCUGGUGUCGCUGUGCACAGUAUGCGACCCAGGUCAGCGAAUGGAGCAGGUCCAUACGGCUAUCUUGAAAUACUUUCAGUACGUCAUGCUUUCUCACCGUUGGGGUGAAGACGAGCCAUCAUUACGCGACAUCGAGGGCCACCUGAUAUAUGAUAUGUCAGCAAAGGAGGGCUUUAAAAAGCUGCAAACCUUCUGCGCUGUUGCUUGCGAACGAGGUUUCCUGUGGGCAUGGAGUGACACGUGCUGCAUAGACAAAGACAGCAGUGCCGGAUUGCAAGAAGCCAUAGGAUCGAUGUUUGUGUGGUAUCGGCGGUCUUCCCUAACCACUGUGUAUCUCUCUGAUGUUCUGGAUACCGCCUCCCGAAGCAUAUUAUUCUACACUCAACCCUGGUCACUUUACAAGAGCCUCACGUCUUCGAACCAUAAAACUGAUAUCGCGGUGCUGGAAGAGCUGGAGAGGGCGACUGGAAUAGAAUCCCGGUUCCUCACUCAUUUUUCCCCAGGUACGGAUGACGCUCGUUCGAGGCUCCAAUGGGCGUCAUUACGUUGUACCACGCGGCCUGAGGAUAUCGCCUACUCACUUUUCGGGAUCUUUAAUCUUCAUCUUCCCGUUCUGUAUGGUGAAUCUGCUGAGAACGCGCUUGGGCGUCUCCUGGCAGAAAUCAUCUCGCAGUCUGGGGAUAUCUCAGUUCUGGAUUGGGUUGGGGAGGCGUCGCCGUUUCAUAGUUGUUUCCCUGCACAGAUCACCUCGUUCCAAACGCUACCGUUGCUUCGACCUCGACCUAAUGCGGAAGAACCGUCAGCGGCGAUAAGUCAGGGUCCCCCACCAAUAUCAUUCGAAGAUUCAUACUCCCCAGGUGACGCGUACGACUUCCACUCGCUCACUAGGGUGCCCCUUCCACGUUUUCUCAAUCGCCGCCUCAUACUACCAUGUAUUGCCCAUUGUGUCACCUUGGUUCAUCUGAAAGGGUCAGAUCCAUUCGCAACGAGUUACACGUAUAACAUCCAGGCAUUCGGUCUGAGGUCACUUGAAACCACACUGCCAAACAAGCUAGAAGAUGUAACGCGGCCACAGGGUCCUCUGCAUCUUGUUCGCCCUUGGCACUCGAAGCUUCCUGGUUCAUCUGCCGAACUAGAUGCUGCGACUGAAGAACAGCUGCUCUCUACACUUGAGUGGCCAUUUAACGCUCUUUUGUUGAGUCAACUACCUCAUAACGAGCACAAAAGGAUGGCGUCUUCUACUCGCAUUACUGCUCAGCCCAUAGACCAGGCCAGCAUUCUGAAAUAGCAAAAUUCGGAUAUUCAAUAUUGUGUAGAUAGCCACGGCGUUAUGAUAUCUUGGUAUCAGUAUUGACGUUGUCCUGCCGUUUACUUUUUGUUCUCCUUCGUCCGGUCGUAUCUUGUAGGAGUACGUGCGUGUAUAUGUCCAGUGAACUCCAGUCUGACUGCUGUGACUGACGGCCUAACGGGGACGACUACGGAGUACACGAAC